GUUUUGCCGGCGUUGUCCCGGCGGAUUGGGCCCUGGACGCGCCGGGCGCGGCGGCUGGUCUCCGGAGCAGCAUCAAGGAGGCCCCCACGCGACGUUCGAAAGCUGCACGGGUCGGCCGCGUACCGCUCACCAGGUGCUGGGGGCUGCCCACGAGAUUGGCAGGUACGGCUCGUAGGACGCCGCGGCGGGGCCACACGGGCCGCGGACGGUUCCUACGGGCCCACACCCGUAGAGGGGGCAGCCGGAGACGAUGGCGCUCCGCGCCCUCGUCCUCGUCGCGAGCCUCCGGCCCACGCUCCAACAGGGCAAGGAGGAGGACCCGAACAUCCUGGGGCGCAUCGAGCUCGAGACGACGCAGGUCGAGCCCGUCAACGUGCGCGCGCUAUGCUUCGAGGGUUUGGGGCAGCAAUUGCCAGAAACCAGCUGCACGAUGCUCGAUCCCCGUACUUGUACCAAAAUUGAUAGCAAAGGCCGAGAAACCUGGGAUGAAGAUACAUGCGACACGCUCCCAAAAGGCUCACCAAUUUUCAUGGAACGAAGCCCGGGCUGGAACGCCGCCGUUCAAUCCACGCCGGCCGGCGAGUCGGCCAUGCUGUGUCUCCAGUGCUGCAAUUCUAUAGUACUAGAACCCUGCACGUCGAAAAACGGCAAACGACGGAAAUGCAAGCAGAGCGAGGGCGUGAACGAGUACUGGCCCUUUCGGUGCCAGAUCCCGCCGCGGCCGACGGGCGACGCGAUGCGCAAUAUGCUACUCCGAGACUUCUACGGCUACGAAUUUAGGUUUGCGCGGAACCAGGGGAACCGGGCCAUGGGCGUGCCGCACUACGACGACAAGCAGGUGGUCAAGUGCGCGUUGCCGCGCAUGGGCUGCCAGUACGAGUACCCACGCGGGGUCUCGUACCAAGAAGCGCGCGUCAAACGGACGCCGGAAACGACCAUCGACCCGCACCCGGGCUACGGCGAUCCGACGUACGAAAUCCCCGAGUGCUGCACGGACAAGGUGAUCCAGGCUGGGAGGGGCCCCGCGAAGCAUGUUGAGAGCGGGUGCACCUACGACGCGCGGUGCAUGUCCUCCCAGGUCUUUGAGCGGGGUUUGCAAUCGUGGAUCAACGUCGCCGAAGCGAGUGCGUUGAUGGACCUGCCCGUCCCAUCACCUCCCGGCAGGGUCAAGCUCUGGGAGGCCGCGGUGGCCGCCGUCGCCGCGGCCGAGGAGGCCGAGGCCGCCGUUGUUGUGGAUCGGGCGAUCUGUUCCAGUAAUACAACCACCACAACCGAGGAGCAGGCGCUCUGCAGCGACCUCGCGACGAAGCAGCGCGCCGUCGAGAAGGCUAGGGACCACGAGAAUCUCGCUCGAUUGCAUCGCGACCGGCGGGACCUCGCCUGUUCGUCGACGGCGAACUCCUUCGAGGAGUCUGACGACUUCGGGUGGAAGCAGAAGGAUGCAUUUAAUCGGACGGAGUACAAGUGCCGGUUGCCCGGUUCUGUGUAUCGGGGCGAAGGCCCUUACGGUUUACCGGACGGUUCCGGAUCCCCGACCGAUAAAUUAGCGAAGAAGUACGACAAUCCCGCCAACGUCAGUGACUCAGUGUCUGUUUCUGACGUUUUCUGAACUUCAAGUUCGCGUCGACGGCGUCGUCGCGAUGCCACUUCGCGUCGAUGGCGUCGUGAUGAUCACAUGAGAGUCUACGCGUCUCGUGAGUGAACGGAGACAGUUUCGCGACGGUGUCCGUUCCACACAGGCGAGGGACGCGUACCUCGACGGCGUGCGGAGUCGCGAAUUGGAGUCCUCAUGUAAUUACAGAGACAGCCGCGACCGAGAACGCGGUAGCUACUUCCUGAAGGGCUACGACCUCACAAUCUUCGUCGAAGAAAAAAGUUCGAACACGUACGGCUUCUGGAAGAGCGUCGUGGGCUGCCACGCGGAAACUACCGAAGUAGAACAGUUGUACGUCGACGGCGACAUCUCCCAGGAGACGCCGGACGAGUCCCAGUACUUCCAGCGCAUCAAGCUGCGACAGAUGUAUUCCGCGAGCUACGAUUUUACGUAUCACGACCAGGGCCUGCCCUUCAUCAUUAUUGGGGUUGGCGUGUUUUUAUUUAUUGUCAGUAGGAUCGUGCAGUGUAUUAGAGAUGAGCCCUGUCCCACCUGUGGCACUCGCUUGAUUCUAGCGGGUCUGUCGGAACUCGCACCGUAUCCCUUAGAUAAGCGGCAAUGUGCUCUAUGCAGAUUUUAUGGCGCGGAGAUGCCGGAUCCGGUGUUGUUAGCUAGAAUGAAAGCUAGAUCAAAGUUCGUGCACGGCCGGGGCUUCUGCGAAUACAUCACCAGUCCACCAGGCGGGCGACCGAAGGGCUAUUUUGGAUGGUGUCGGUUAUAUGUAUACAGAUGUAUCCGGGCGUCCAUCAUCAUGCUGGCCUACGGGAUCUACUAUACGCUGCGAUAUAUAUUCGUACUUUUACUUAUUAUAGGAGACGCUUUAUUACAUUUCGGCGCACGAUGUAUCCUUCGUAGGAGGAGAGGCCCGGGGCCCGUGUGCUUACGAACGUUUAUCCCGCGCGAGGAGGACAUUGUUGAUGAAGAUCCGCCCGUGCCCACCAAAAUUUAUGUCGCAGAACCGGCAUUACGGUGCGAGAACUCGUUCCUGGCGUUAACACGACCCGUGCCCAACGCUGAAAGGAGGAUGGUCACGAAGGAACAAGCCUAUGUCAGAAGGCAGAGAGCGGAGAGAAGGAAGAAGAAAAUUGUACGAAAACGGGAACGCUUGCAAUACGCCAUGCGCUACCUCGGCGCGAACUCCGAGAAAGAUCAAGCGCAGCUGGCCAAAUUGGAUGCGGUGGUGGCGCACUUGGACGACGAGAUCGAGAAGGCCAGAGUUGCGGAGGCCGACGACAUCCUUUCCGUCAAGGAGGACGUCGAGGCGCCCUUAGCGUUGGAGGAGACGAAGGAACCAGGUCAAGCGGGGUUCGACGCCGUGCGCGCCGUCUCCCGCUUUGCGGAUCCUGCUCCCGAGCCGGAGGAGGAGCCGUCGCCUCCUGAAGAAGAACCCGAGAAGACGCCCAAAAAGUUCGCCGUCGCCUCCGAGAAAGGUGUGGGCGCCGGCGUCGCCCUCUUCCUGCAGAAGGAGCAGCCGGAGUUCGUCAACGGCGUACGGGUCCGGGCGCCGAAGAAGGAUAAAUAAUACGUGUGUUAACAAC